GUGGCCGACUGGACCGUCCUCCGGAAAGUUUGAAGCUUCUCCUCCCGUCGACGAUGGCGGCAGCCGCUGCUCAACCACCACUUCUUCCACACCUCAACACUUUCUGAUUUCUCCGAAUUCCUACAACCUAAGCAAACAGUAUCAGAUCCACCUCCCAUUGUCCAGCCGAACUCCAUGGCCUCCGCGCGCAAACUUCUCCGUAUCCGCUCCUCCAUUUCUACAAUGAGCAUUUAUCGUAUUGGAUUUCAAGAAGAGUGUCAAUUGCAUGCCUUCCCUUGGAACUUUGAAGGAAGCAACUCAAGGAUAUACAGCACUAUAGCAUCUUCAAAGGAGAGGCUGUUGAAAUUGGAAGACCAACAAAAGAAGUUAGCUGAUGAAAGUGACCCAACGUUUGAGUGUGAAAUUACUAAGAUUCGGGAACAAUUCAAUGAUGCUAAACAGAGGUUUCUGAAAAUACCGGAUGCUUUAAAAGAUAUGCCAAAAAUGAAUCCCAAAGGAAUAUACGUCAAUAAGAACCUGCGGCUAGAUAAUAUCGAUGUGUAUGGAUUUGAUUAUGAUUAUACGUUGGCACAUUACUCUUCUGAUUUGCAGACCUUGAUAUAUGACCUAGCAAAGCAGCAUCUUGUUAAUGAGUUCAAAUAUCCUGAAAAAUGCAUUACAUUCAAGUAUGAUGCUUCAUUUCCCAUUAGAGGGCUAUAUUAUGACAAACUAAAAGGGUGCCUCAUGAAGCUAGACUUUUUUGGAUCAAUUGAGCCCGGCAGUUGCUACUUUGGCAGGCGCAAGCUUAGUCAUGAAGAGAUUAAUGAGAUAUAUGGCAACCGACAUAUUGGUCGUGAUCAUGCACGAGAACUUGUGGGCUUGAUGGACUUCUUCUGUUUCAGUGAGGCGUGCCUUAUAGCUGAUAUUGUUCAACAUUUUGUCGAUGCUAAAUUGGAAUUUGAUGCUGCUUAUAUCUAUGAAGAUGUUAACCGAGCUAUACAACAUGUUCACAAAAGUCAUUUGGUUCAUAGAGGAAUUCUUUCAGAUCCCCAGAAGUAUCUGGUGAAGAAUGGGCAGCUACUUCGCUUUUUAAGGAAGCUAAAAGAGAAAGGGAAGAAACUCUUCUUGUUAACCAACUCUCCUUACUUUUUUGUGGAUGGCGGAAUGCGUUAUAUGCUCAAAGAUUCUUUGGGUCAGCAAGACUCGUGGAGGGAACUUUUUGAUGUUGUGAUUGCUAAAGCAAGAAAACCAGAUUUUUACACAUCUGAGCAUCCAUUUAGAGGUUAUCAUGUUGAGGAGGACACAUUAGCAUUUUCGAAGGUAGAUUCUUUUCUUCCUGACAGAGUUUAUUACCAUGGGUGCCUUAAAACGUUCUUGCAAAUCACAAAGUGGAAAGGUCCAGAGGUCAUAUAUUUUGGGGAUCACCUAUUCAGUGACCUGAGAGGGCCUUCAAAAGCUGGUUGGCACACUGCUGCUAUCAUCCAUGAACUGGAAAAUGAGAUUACUAUUCAGAAUGAUGAUAGUUACAGGUUUGAACAGGCCAAGUUUCAUAUAAUUCAAGAACUUCUCGGAAAGCUUCAUGCUACAGUUGUCAAUUGCCAGAGCAGUGAAGCAUACAAGUCCCUUCUUUGGGAGCUCAAUGAUGAGAGACAGAAAGCACGAUUUACAAUGAAAGAAAUGUUUAAUAGGUCAUUUGGAGCUACGUUCCUCACUGAUUCCGGUCAAGAAUCAGCCUUUGCUUAUCACAUCCACCAAUAUGCCGAUGUGUACACCAGUAAACCCGAGAACUUUCUGUACUAUCUGCCUGAGGCCUGGCUUCACGUGCCUUCGGAUAUAAAAAUACUGCCUCACCAUGUCAAGGUUUCACCAGACUUGUUCAAGAAUUGAGCGUCCCAAGAUGCCGGAGCCGUGUGGAGUCGGUUAAGCCAGGGCAUUACUUAUUUCUGUAGCCACUUUUGGUGCCAUUUUGUAGGUGGUGGCUUUAGAUUCACAGGUUGAAACUUGGGAAAUUCAACUCCUGCAAAAUUUCCUACUUUGCACUACUCCAUACUUGAGGGAAGUUGAGGAUCUCACUUGAUGCCGUACGUUAAAUUGUACUCCCCUCCUUUCCAAAUUCAUUGGUUGGUUUACUUUGUUUACUAUCUUUAUUUUUUGAUAAUUUUUGUUUACAUAUGUGUUUUCAUUAAUCAUUUGAUAAAAUAAAAUGGUCAUGUCACUAUUUGUUUUAUAAUUUUUUUAUAUACGAGCAGUUUUUAACUAUGUACAGUAAAUUAUAUUGUUUAUU